GGCAGAGCAGGGAACCAGAGGCAGAGCUAGGAGACAGUGUUGCAAUAUUACAAGACAGCUUGUUUCCCACUAGACAUCAAUGUUGGUAUUCGUUGCCAUGGACUGAUCAACCCCAUCAAGCUGAGUGAAAGGGUGCAACAAUCUUUACGCGUGCAAAGAUGUUCGGUCGAUCCAGGAGUUGGGUUGGACAGGGGAAGGCCAAAAACAUCCAUUCACUUGACCAUUUGAAGUACAUGUACCAUGUCCUUACAAAGAACACAACAGUGACGGAUCACAACAGAAAUCUUUUAGUAGAAACCAUUCGCUCCAUCACAGAGAUCCUUAUUUGGGGUGAUCAAAAUGACAGCUCAGUGUUUGAUUUCUUUUUGGAGAAGAAUAUGUUUGCCUUCUUUCUCAACAUCUUGCGUCAGAAGUCUGGACGAUAUGUCUGUGUGCAACUUCUACAGACACUCAACAUACUUUUUGAAAACAUAAGUCACGAGACAUCCCUUUAUUACUUGCUCUCCAAUAACCAUGUCAAUUCAAUAAUUGUCCACAAGUUUGACUUCUCUGAUGAGGAGAUCAUGGCCUAUUACAUCUCCUUCUUGAAGACUUUGUCCCUGAAGCUAAACAAUCACACAGUGCAUUUUUUCUACAAUGAGCACACUAAUGAUUUUGCCCUGUACACGGAGGCCAUUAAGUUUUUCAACCACCCAGAGAGCAUGGUCAGGAUCGCAGUCCGUACUAUCACUCUCAAUGUGUACAAAGUGUCAUUGGACAACCAGCACAUGCUUCAUUAUAUUCGAGACAAGACCGCCGUGCCGUACUUCUCGAACCUAGUGUGGUUCAUUGGGAGUCACGUCAUCGAGUUGGACAAGUGUGUACAGACAGAUGAAGAGCACAAAAACCGAGGGAAGCUGAGUGACCUGGUUGCUGAACAUCUGGACCACUUGCAUUACCUGAAUGACAUCCUCAUCAUCAACUGCGAGUUCCUCAACGACGUUCUCACCGACCACCUGCUCAACCGCCUCUUCCUCCCCCUCUACGUCUACUCCCUAGUUGGCCAGGAACAGUCUGAAGAUCGGAAAAUAACGCCCCAGGUGUCUCUCUACCUGCUAUCCCAGGUGUUCCUCAUCAUCCACUACCAGCCUCUGGUGAACGCACUGGCCGACGUCAUUCUCAAUGGUGACCUCUCGGUGUUCUCCUCUCAAGCCGAGCACAAUGCACACAAAACCUUGGCUAACCCGGCUGUGCGGCGCUUCGCCAAGCCGUCUGAGAGCCUGGAGCGCUCCCUGGAGAUGAGCCGGCAAAAGGGGCGCAAGCGAACGCAAAAAAGGCCCAACUACAAGAACGUUGGUGAGGAAGAGGAAGAGGAGCGCGGUGGAGGGGCGGAGGAAGGCCCUGCCGAGGAAAAGGCUAAAGGUACAGAGGCUAGUUCAAAGGGCAGCAGGACGAUUGGGGACACGGAAGAGAUUGAGAUGGUGGUGAUGGAGAAGUGUAAGAUCUCUGACGUGUCCACACUGACGGAACAGAACAUCACAGAUGAGGAGAAGAGCGCUGCCCGCGCAGAGGGCCAGCAGAGCAGACCGUUCCUGGACAUGGUGUACAACGCACUCGACUGCACCGAAGAUGACUACCAUGCCCUCUUUGUGCUCUGCCUGCUGUAUGCCAUGUCGCACAGCAAAGGUAUCAAUCCUGCCCUGCUGGAGAAGAUCCAGCUCCCAGCGCCUGACCAAGACCGGACCUCCUACAGCCAGGUCCUAGUGGAGAGGCUCAUACGGGUCAUGAAUCAGGCAGCUCAACCAGAUGGAAAGAUCCGGUUGGCCACUCUGGAGCUAGGCUGUUUGCUCUUGAAACAGUCUGUGUUGUCUGGAAGUCAGUGUAUCAUCAAGGAUGUCCAUUUGGCCUGCCUUGAGGGAGCAAGGGAGGAGAGCCUGCAUCUCCUUCGCAGAUUUUACAAGGGAGAAGAGAUCUUCCUCGACAUGUUUGAGGACGAAUACAGAAGCAUGACUAGUAAACCUCUGAAUGUGGAGUACCUGAUGAUGGACGCCUCGAUCCUGCUGCCCCCCACGGGCACUCCGCUGACGGGCAUCGACUUUGUCAAGAGGCUGCCCUGCGGAGACGUGGAGAAGACGCGCCGAGCCAUCCGUGUGUUCUUCAUGCUGCGCUCGCUCUCACUGCAGCUGCAGACUGAGCCCGAGACCCAGCUGCCUCUCACUCGCCCAGACGACCUCAUCAAGACCGACGACGUGCUUGACCUCAAUAACAGCGAUCUGAUUGCCUGUAUGGUGGUGAGCAAGGAUGGCGUUCAGGCCCAGCGCUUUCUGGCUGUGGACAUCUACCAGAUGAGCCUGGUGGAGCCCGAAACAAAGCGUCUAGGCUGGGGUGUCGUCAAAUUCGCCGGCCUGCUGCAGGACAUGCAGGUGUCGGGGGUGGAGGACGACAGCCGGGCCUUGAACAUCAUCAUCCACAAGCCUACGUCCAACCCACACGCCAAGCCCAUGCCAAUCCUGCAGGCCAACUUCAUCUUCGCCGACCACAUCCGCUGCAUCAUCGCCAAGCAGCGGCUAGCCAAGGGCCGCAUCCAGGCUCGCAGGAUGAAGAUGCAGAGGAUAGCUGCUCUGCUGGACCUUCCAGUGCAGCCUUCCUCGGAGGUUCUGGGUUUUGGUCAGUCAGCAGCUGCGUCCUCCCAGUUGCCCUUCCGCUUCUAUGACCAGUCUCGCCGUGGCCCCGCCGACUCUAAUUCUCAGCGCUCCGUCUUCGACAAGGUCCCAGGUUUCGCGGUGGCCCACUCUGCAUCUCAGCACAGUCCCUCCCCGCUCUCUUCCCCCUCCCCCCCCUCCAGCAGCAGCGGCAGCACUGGCCAGUGCGACUCAGUCACCACCAGCACCCCCUCCACAGAGGGACCGACAGAUGAGGCAGCAUUGGCCGAGCGCACGCCUCCACCCUCCUCCUGUGUGGGCGAGGGGGGGGAGGGGGGCGAGUGCGCAGAGCUGGCGCUGGCACAGACGUUGACGGCCACUGCCCCUCUGCCUGCUCCCAUUCCAGCCUUGGCCCUGGCCCCUAGCCUGACGCCAGCCGCUCAGCCCACCAUCUCGCUGCUGUCCGACCCCAACACCGACGCCCUGAGCGCGGACUCGCUCACGCUGCUGCCCCCUGCCGACCCCCCGCGCCUCCGCAACUUCAGCACGCAGGGUGACGCGCCGCUUAUGAUGCCCACGGUGCCACUGCCCGACCCGUCCGAGGAGGAUCCAGAGCCACAAACGGAGGAGGAGGAAGAGGAGGAGGAAGAGGAGGCCUCAGCGCAGGAUGCGGCGGAUGAGGAUUCAGCCGAAUCCGGUCAGCUGGAGCUGGAAGGGAGUCCAACCUUGGGCACGAAUCCCGAGGAGUCCACUCCUCAGGCUCAAGGUCAGAGUUUAGAGACGGUCCCCGAGGCCGAGGCCGACCAGGAGCAGAGCGAAGGCCCCGACCCUGAGUCAACAGAAGCAGAGACGGCAGCAGACGGAGCCGGCGAUGAGCCAGAGUAGCCGCACACUCAGCCGGGACCUUGGACCAGGACGGGCUGCGAGACCAGAGACCAAACGGACGAACCCCACACACGCAGGUCUUCAAUUACACGAGCAAUCACACACACACACACACACACACACACACACACACACAUGAGUGCUGCUUCGGACUCCCCUCUGUUGCAGUGAAACAUGUACACACAUGCAAUUAGAAGCUAGAAGCUCUGGUAACUCACCACAGCUCUGCUCUGUGAAAACACACACAUUUCUUCAGAAUGCAUUUCAGUACUGAAUGAAUGAGUUGUUCAGGGUGAGGCAUUAGUGUUGGUGUUUUUGUCCCUUGCAAAGCACAGCAGUUUUCAGUUUUAUCCAGUAUGGUGCUGUGCAUAUGUUUUUGUGUGAGUGAGUGACAGUGAGAGAGCCUAUUGCUUCAUUUGGUUUUAGUAUUCUUGGAAAGCACUCAUUGCGUUUGUACAUAGACGUUCUGUCAGAAAAUUCACAUAUUGUUUGUCAAAGUGUGUGUUUGUGUGUGUGUGUGUGUGUGUGUGUGUGUGUGUGUGUGUGUGUGUAUGUAUGUGUGUUUGUUAUUUUGUGUGUGUGUGAGAUUGUGAGAGAGUGAGUGUGAAAAUAAGGGAGUGUGUCCAUGCUUUUACAGUCUUAACACUGAAGAAUGUACUCUGACCCAGGGGGUCUGACCCAGGGGGUCUGACCAGCGGUGCUCUCAGGAGGGACGAUGUCACCACCACACACCCCCCAACCCAUUCCCCAAACACACACACACACAUACAGGUCUCUGCUCUGGCCCUGCCCCGAUAUCUCAGCAGCGCUUAUGCUGGACACAGCUGUUCUAACUGCCCAUUCAUUCAGACGCUCACAGACUCUUCACACCUCUCCAACACGCAACUGUUGUAACACACAGGGAUUCCACAGGAUUGACACAUUAGUGCAGUUCAUCAUCACGUAGGUCUCCCACCAGACAUGGGCUUACCCCUUUGCUUUUGCUGCAGCUAGUGAAACACCAAUCUAGCGUAGUGUUUAGAAUGCAUUUUUUGUUUCCUUAGGGCACUGUGCUCUGUGUCUAAUGGCAUUUUUGUACUUGUUGAAUUUGAGAAAAGCAUAUAUGAUUUCACUCCAGUGCAAAGCUGUCUGUCUCUCAUCCUCUUUUAAAUUGCUCACACUUUAAAAAUGUAUUAAAAAGUUUUGAAAAGGAAGAGGUUGAAUUGCUAAAAAUGAUUCUGUGAGGCAAAUUGAGAAGCCGUCCUAUUGUAUUUUAAAUAUGACUAAACAAACAUAUACACAUGCAUAUACACUUAACAGUUACAUCUGAAGACACACUUACUGAAGAAAAAAAAUCGUAUGUGUAAAAGUCUUGUGCAGUGUCUUUAAAUGUAAGUUAUUUGAGGCAUUAGACACACAUUUGGAAUACCCACUGGACAGCCAGCAUUACCAAACCGGUUGCAUCCUGUUUUCGGAAGCUUAAAGAGGUGUAUAUUUUCUUAGCAAAGGUGUAUAUCUGUCAUACGCCUUAAGAAAAGAUGAUAAAGUGAUGUGUAAAAAAAUAAAUAAAAACAGAAUUAUCUAAAUGCUUGUGCUGGCCACAUAACAUGGAACACAUUCUCCCUGUAAACGUCAUGUUUAGUUGCAGUGAUUUAAAGCCCCCCUCCCCCUUUGGGAGUACAUAUGACUUUGUGUGCAUUCUGUCCUAGAUUGCUACAAUGCCCCAGGGUAGUGUUCCAUACAGUACACACACAAAGUUUGUUUUUGUUUUUGAAGGGGGGAAAAUGGACACAAUUUUGAAGCAAUACUGUUAUUACCUGUGCUCAUAUACUGAACGACAGUCUCUCCAUACUGUGGUUUACUGUACAUAUGUUUGUGAAGAAGAAACUAACCAGACAGUAUAAUUUGUGGUUUUGAAUGUUUGUAUGCUGUAUAAAUGCCACCUGCUUUUAAUCUGCUUCUGUAAUGAACAUACCGGCAGAAAUUACUAAGAAAUUGCAAUAAAUUAUUCUACUUA